AUGGUUACACCUGUGAAACAAUCAACUUAUAUGAAUACACGUUCAUCUAAUUCUCAACAAUACGAAAUACUUCCACUAACACUUAUUAAUCCAAAAUAUGUUCCUAAUCGUUCAUCAUCUUCAAUUCGUCGUAACGAAAAGCAAAAUACAUCUUCAUCAUAUGCAUCACGUCAAUGUUAUCAAUAUUACGCAUUUGAAUAUAUUCCCACAUAUUGA